AUGUCGCGCUCCGCCCCGCGCAUCAAGAACCGCGCGCCGGCGCCCAUCCAGAUCUCUGCUGAGCAGCUCCUCCGCGAAGCACAAGAACGCCAAGAAGCCCCCGCCGCUGCCCCCGCGCAGAAGAUCGAAGACUAUGAGGAGCUCGAAGAAUACCGUGGACGGAGGCGAUCCGACUUCGAAGACCGUCUCCGGCGCAAUGCCCAGAACAUGUCCAUGUGGAUCAAGUACGCGACGUGGGAAGCGAGCCAAGGGGAGAUGGACCGAUGUCGCUCCAUCUACGAGCGCGCGCUCGACGUCGAACCGCAUCAUCUGCCGCUAUGGCUGCGGUAUACGGAACAGGAGCUCAAGAUGAGGAAUGUCCAGCAUGCGAGGAACCUGUACGAUCGCGCGGUGAGCGUCCUGCCACGCAUCGAUCAGCUGUGGUACAAGUACGUGCAUCUGGAGGAGCUCUUGGGAAACGUACCAGGAACUCGGCAGGUGUUCGAGAGAUGGAUGUCGUGGGAGCCAGAAGAGAAGGCGUGGCAGGCGUAUAUCAGUCUCGAGGUACGCUACGACGAGAUGGAACGGGCGAGCGCGAUAUGGGAGAGAGCAGUGACAUGUCAUCCGACACCCAAGCAGUGGAUCCGAUGGGCCAAGUUCGAAGAGGACCGAGGCGACCUCGAAAAGGCACGCAUGGUCUUCCAGAUGGCGUUGGACUACAUCGGCGAAGACGAGGAGGCGAUGGAGAAGGCGCAGAGCGUCUUCACCGCUUUUGCCAAGAUGGAGACGCGAUUGAAGGAGUACGAGCGAGCACGGGUCAUCUACAAGUACGCUCUGGAGCGGCUACCACGUUCCAAGUCCGAAGGCAUCUACUCGAGCUAUACCCGCUUCGAGAAGCAGUUCGGUACCAUGAGCAGUGUCGAGGACACCGUCAUCGGCAAGCGACGCAUUCAGUACGAGGAGGAGCUCGCAACCUCCGAAGGCGCGCAAGACUACGAUACCUGGUUCGACUACACCCGUCUCGAAGAGGACGCCUAUCGCGCGCUCAGCGACUCGGGCGGGUCGUCGGAUCAGCUCGAGCAAGCCGUCAAGCGAGUCCGCGAAGUCUACGAACGGGCGAUCGCCCAAGUCCCCGCUUCGCAAGACAAGCGCGAUUGGCGACGCUACAUCUUCCUCUGGCUGCGCUACGCGCUGUUCGAAGAGCUCGAUACACGCGACUACACCCGCACACGGGAGAUCUACAAGGCCGCCGUCGCCGUCGUCCCUCACCGCCGGUUUACAUUUGCCAAGCUGUGGGUGCAAUACGCCCGGUUCGAGGUGCGCCGGCUCGACCUCCCCACCACACGCAAGAUCAUGGGCACCGCUAUCGGCCUCGCACCCAAACUCAAGCUCUUCAGCAGCUACAUCGAGCUCGAGCUGUCCCUGAAGGAGUUUGACCGGGCGAGAAAGAUCUACGAAAAGGCGCUCGAGUGGGAUCCGACCAACUCGCAGACGUGGGUGCGCUUCGCUGAGCUCGAGAAGAAUCUGUUCGACACCGAUCGAGCGAGAGCGCUGUUCGAGCUGGGUGUGGCGCAGGCCGAGGGCGCGGAGGAGGGACUCAGCAGCGGACUCGAUAUGCCCGAGAUUGUGUGGAAGGCGUAUAUCGAUUUCGAAUUUGGCGAGCGUGAGUGGGAGAGGGUGGAUUCGCUGUACGAGCGGCUGCUGGAGAAGAGCGGGCAUGUCAAGGUGUGGAUCUCGUAUGCGCUGUCCAAGGUCAACCAGGCCACAGCGAUCGAGGAGGACGAAGACGAAGACGAGGACGAGGACGAAGAAGAAGCAGAAUCGAAACCGGCACGCGAGCUCACAGAGGAGGAACAGCAAGUUCGCCAAGAACGUCGUUCCCACCUCGCCUCGCUGGCUCGAGACAUCUUCCAACGAGCCUACACCUCACUCAAAUCGCGCGCGCUCAAAGACGAACGCGUCGUGCUGCUCGAAGCAUGGAAGACGUUCGAGAGGCAACACGGCACAUCGUCGACGCUGUCCGAUGUCGAAGCCAAGUUCCCUCGUGUGGUCAAGAAGAGGAGAGAGGUGGAGGAUGGAUCGAUGGAGGAAUACUACGAUCUCAUCUUUCCCGAUGACGAGGAGAAGGGCAAGGGCGCGUUCAAGCUGCUGCAGAUGGCGCACGCUUGGAGGGCGGCGCAGGCAGCUAGGGAGCAGCAACAGCAGGCGGAGGAGAAACCGAGGGGGGCUGAGGAUGACGAGAGGAUGGACAUUAGUUUGGACGAUGACGAGGGCGAGGAGGAUGAUGCCUAA